CUCCCUGUUGAUCGGUCUGGCUCCUAACGAGGGACACCGCAGAGGCUUGGACUAAAGGUGGAAAAAAGGAAGACAUUGAAAGACUGGAGGAGAAUCAUUGGCACCUCCUUAAAAGAAGAAUACUGUGUAUUUUUUUCCUUUUUAGUUUUGCAUUUUUGAUUUGAAUAUGUAAAGAUAGACAAAACAAACCAAAAGGGUGAUCUGUGGCAAGGAUGGGAACUGAACUGGGAUUGGAUGACCUAAUCUGAAACCCAUCAGUUUGAGAAAAGUUGGGAAUGAAGUAAGGAUACUAUCCUUUGUUGUUUGCAUGGAGCAAUACCAGACUUCUCAUUUAAAUAAACAGCUUAAAGAACUGUUUGAGAUUCACUGUGAACAUUGACAGCCAUACCAAACCUUUCUGUGGAUUGACAUUUCCCUUCCAGGUAACCAUCAGUGAAUUACUUUAGUUUUAUUGAAUCAGACUUACAAUUUUGUUACAGUACUUAAUUGCCAUAAAAUGCCUGCAUUCUUCAAAUCUCUAGCAAUUUCCAGCUGGAGUAUAGAGCAUUAUACUAAAAGAGGGAUCAAGCAGUUCUGAAUUUCACAUUGGAAUACAGUGCUUUGAACAGAGGUUGAUUUUACAAAGUGUAUUAUAUGCACGUCACCUGUGUUUCCUAAUGUUCACAUUGUGUUAAGGAAGCGAACCAGCACUAGGGAUUUUCUAGCCAAGCUGCAUUUUCCCCAAGUGUGUGUAUGCGAUAACACAACAUAACAAUUACUGUCGCUGUAGUACGAUAGUUGUUUCUGAGGAUGAGGAGAGGGCGCAGUUCAGGCUCCUUCAGAAAGGAGAGGAAGGAGAAGACGGCUUCUAUAUCCCGCGCUCUGAGCUGGAUCAACUUCUCCACACUGACUCGACAGACCCGCCGCCUGUUCCACAGCAGUGGGGAGCUGUCGUCAGGGCAACAGGGAGAGGGGGAGGAUGACGAAGAUUGGGUUUAUGCCCCUUUGCAUCGGAAAGCGGUCUCUAACUUGGAUGACGAGAGUAAGUGGACGGUCCAUUACACAGCCCCCUGGCACCAGCAGGAGAACAUCUUCCUGCCCACGAACAGACCAGCCUGUGUGGAGGACCUGCACCGACAGGCCAAGGUCAACCUGAAGAGCGUGCUGCGAGAAUGUGACAAGCUGAGGAAUGAUGGAUUCCGCAGUUCACAGUACUACUCUCAGGGCCCCACCUUCUCCUCAUCCAACCUGUCUGACGGCAGCCUGCCAGAGCAUGACGACCGUGAUAGAAAGCAGUCUAAUCUAUUAGACUGUCUCAGCCAGUCUUGCCUUAAUGCCUGUUGUCAUUUGACUCCCAGGAAACACAAGUCCACAGUGUUAUCGACUGAGGAUGAGAAGCUAAUGUAUUCCAUGAGGCCCAACACCCUGGUACUUGGUGACGUUUCUGAUAUUGACAUCCAGACCAACUGGACCAAGUCCCUCCCUCUGCCGACCCCUGAGGAGAAGAUGCGUCAGCAGGCCCAAGCUGUGCAGUCUGAUGUCGUUCCCAUCAAUGUAACAGGGAAGACUUUUGACCGCCAGGCCAGCAUCCGGCGGUCCUUAGUUAACUCUGACACUGUGGUAAGAUGUCCGAAGAAAGUCAAAAGGAGAAAGACAAUUACAGGGGUUCCAGACAACAUCCAGAAGGAACUAGUUGGGCAUAAUGAACUUCGGGGUCACUCAAUGUACAUCCCAGGUCAAUAUUCCACUCUAGGUAGGAUAGGUAGUGGGCACUCUGCCUUGCAGAGAUCAGAGACAAGGGAUUUCAGCUGUCAGACAGAAGAAAUUAAAAUAGUGCAGCCAUCAGUGAGAAGAAUUCGAGCACAGAAGGGACAAGGUAUUGCUGCUCAGAUAUCCCUGCCCAACUCUUCUUCUGGGAACAGGUCUACAGCCAAUGAUGCUGCGGGAGUCCCAUUUCUUUCGCAAGUUAAUGGCGACCUCCGUUUCCAUAGCCUGCCAAGAUCUGGAGCAAGGGUGUCCUUACAGUCAAUGGACAAACCUGACAGGGCUGUAUAUAAAUCUGAAGAGACCUCUUGCAGCACCUUGCCACGGCAGAUCAGCAAACUUCAAGUGGAUGAAAGCGUGAUCCAUCUAAGGAGUACACCCGUGACAGGAACACUACAGAGGCCCAAGUCCCAGGAAGUAAGAAGCUUCCAAAGCGAUAGAGUGACAAGCCCAGCCUGUGUGGUGUCCCCUCAUGCAACUUACUCAACAAGUGUCAUACCCAAUGCAACACUACCCUCAUCGACAGAGGUGAUAACCAUUCACACAUCUCAAAGUUCAAGGAAGUCAAAUAACAAGAUAAACUCAACAUCUACAUAUGCACCAGCCAGGCCCAUCAGUACUGUAUCCAUGAGCAAUGGAAUUGGAUUGAAAGAAGAACAAAAUUCUUCUUUUACCCCUGCAACAACACCGCUUUGCUGUGAUUCAGCUGCGUCCUUGAGUAUAGGAAAUAACACAGAGACAGGAUCACAGUGCAGUACUUUGGAUGGAAGAAACAGCUGCAGCAUGAAGGAUGCAAGAAGUGAUUCAAGUUACUCGGAAAGCAGUUUCCAUAGCAGGAGCACAAUCCCUGCUGAUCAGUGGAUAUAUGACACACCUGAGAAUGUCCUUCCUCAUAAGUCUUUGACAUCAAGUUGCUCCACGCCAAUCAAUCACAUUUAUAGUAGCUUAGAGAGAAGUUCUAGUAAAACUGACACCAGCUCCUUGUAUUCCAUGGACAAUGACGGUUACUACACCUCCAUGCAUCUCGACUCUGGGCUUAAAGCCAGAAGCCAGUAUGGAAGCAGUGGUAUGGGGAACUCGAGACACAGUAUGUAUGAAAGUAGAGACCAUCAAAGCCAGGAUGACAGGUUGAGCCUAAACAGUGAUAAGUCACUGUCACGUACCAUUUCUUUGAAGAAGUCAAAGAAACCACCUCUGCCCCCUUCUAGGACCGACUCCUUAAGACGUAAGCCAGGUAAAAAGUCAAACUCCAAUGGGCCAGUCUUGAACGAAACACUGAUAGCCACCUUGCAGCAAUCGCUGCAGCUCAAUCUGAAGUGCAAGAGUGGAUCGACCCCAUCACAGAGCCCCUCCAGUGACUAUGAUGACCCCUGGGUUUUGCGCUCCCGCAGCCAUAGCACAGUCAGUGCCAGCAGCAGCAGCAGCAUUUCCACCUCUGGGCCAAACAUCUACUCCAUUUGCCCUGUCACCCCUUCUCAGAGUGAUAGCAGCAGUAUCAGAUCAGAGUACGCGGAUGCCUGGGGAUAUUACGUGGACUUCCCUGGGGUCCAAGACAAUCAACUGAAGUCUGCAAGUGCUGGUGCAGUUCUUGGGGAUUAUGGCAAUGGUGGCAGUCUCCCCAAUGGGUCAAGGGCUUUCAACCCGCAACAAGCACCAGGCACAUCUGUAAAGACAAAGAUGACCACCUCUCCUGAUAAGGUGCACAGAGUAACCUCGCCAUCCAGCGGGUACUCAAGCCAAUCCAAUACCCCCACUGCUGGCACUCCAGUGCCAGUCUUCUUGAGGUCUAUGUCGCCUGCAGGUGGGAAGUCCAAGCCAAAAGUGCCUGAAAGGAAGUCAUCCUUGUUAUCAUCUGUGUCUGUCUCCUCCUCUUCUACAUCCUUGUCAUCAAAUACUUCUGACACACCAAGGAAUCAUGCCAACCCCAUGAAUCCUCCCCCUCCACCACCUCCAUUACCUCAACCUGGCAUCCCUAUGGCUCCUCCUCUCCUUCCUGGCUCUUCCAUGGAUCCCUCUUUUACCUGUGGCCCACCAAAGGCCCCUCCACCUCCCCCACCACCACUUCCCCCAAGCUCUUCCAUGGUAACUCCAUCUCCUGUCUUUACAGCAACUCAAAUGUUUCCUCCCCCACCUGCACCACCACUCCCUCCAGUACUCCCACAAGUUCCUGCAAUGACCUCUCCAACUGCACCCACCACCUCACCUCCACACCCCACUUCUCCUAGCUUCCCCCCUCCUCCACUACUCCCACAAGUUCCUGCAAUGACCUCUCCAACUGCACCCAUCACCUCACCUCCACACCCCAGUUCUCCCAGCUUCCCUCCUCCUCCACCGGAGGUCCUGUUGGAUCCUUCCUUCACAGCUGAUGUUACCCACAGUCUGCCUUCUCCACCUCUUUUUCAUGUUCAUAUUCCUGUUACUCCCCCUCCCCCUCCCCCUCCAGCACCUCCUUUACCUGCUGUGGUUCCACCACCGGCUCCACCACUCACCCUGAAAGCCCUAAAAGAUGCCAUUAAACCUAAAAAUCCUCCCAGUAUCUGCAACAAUCAGCAUCCUGCUUCCAAUGAUAAGGGAAAGAGCCCUACAUCUAAUCAGCCUGAAUCCAGCAAGACAAUGAUGCCACUCAUAACACCUAAAGCCCUUCAGAUGGUGCAGUUGAGGUCUGUCAGGAAGUCAGAAAUACUAGAAUUUGAAAAGACUAUCCAAAAUCCUCAGGUAAAACAUGAACUUAUUAAUUCCCAAAAUCCUUCUUCACCGGAAAAGCCCAAAUUGCUGGAACGUCCGUCUUCAUUGCAGACUAGUUCCAAGAUAAAUGAUUUGAAGAAACCACCAACACCGGUUAAGAACUUCCAGUUAAUUAUUGCUAAGGAUGCUCAGAUCUCUGAGGCAGUAUCAGGUCUAGCCACUAGCAAUGGCAUGUCUGAAAACCCAUCAAUGCCAAACAAGUUAGAUGUCUUCUCAGGGAUAACAGAUGAGCUUCACCCUUGCCCUCACACAACCUCACCUCAGGAGAACGAAGCAUCUCCAACCAAAGGGGGCACCACCACCCCUCCCAAAAAGAAACCCCUUGUCAUUUCAAAGAAACCCAACCUAACCCUGAUUGUGCCACCUGGGCAGACAUUGUCAAUCCAAGCAGAGAACCAAGACUUGACCAAGGCACAUGCAACAAAGGUCCUAAGCCCUCAGAAUGGGAUUUCAAUUACUACUGGAAACAGUGAGGAAGAGAAUGGCCUACUCAAGGUGCUACAGAGUGGAGAGGAGACAGAUUCUGGCAACACCACUCCUGUAGCCAAAACCCCUGACUCUCUUUCCAGUGAGAGUACUGCAGAUGGAGUUUGGAAGGUUCAGACCUCACUUAUCCAGCAGGAGGAACAGACCCUUUCAGACUACAAAAAUAUUUCAGAUGUUGAUGGAGACAGCAGCACAUCAGGAUCCAUAAGUUCCAAAGAAGAUGAAAAUGGUGAGGUUUUUGAAGCAAACCCAGCUAACCCAUCGCCAGUAUCAAGUACUUGUGGAGAAAGUUCUGAAGAGAUGGUUACACCAACUAGACCCAGAACUACAGAUGAUCUGUUUGCAGCUAUACACAGAUCCAAAAGGAGAGUUCUAGGGAGGAAGGACUCCGAGGAGGACCGUGCGCGGAACCACUCCCCGUCUCCCCCUGUCACACCCACUGGAGGGGUCCCCAGUCUGGCCUCGCCGCACCGUCAGACAGGCUCCAUCCAGCGCAGCAUACGCAAAUCUGCCACCAGCAGUGACAACUUCAAGGCCCUACUUUUGAAGAAGGGCAGCCGCUCCGAGACCAGCUUCCGCAUGUCUGCCACAGAGAUGCUGAAAAACACAGCUCCCAAAUUCCAGAGGACAUGCUCCGAGUCCACUCUGGAUCUUCUUGACAGCCACAGCGGCUCCCCCGGGAAAAACAAGCCAGCGCAGGAUGAAUGGGCCAAGAGCGAAGGGUUUCUACCCAGGAGUGCCUCCCUCUCAGGCACCAAGUACGGUCGCUCACGCACGCCUCCAUCGGCUGCCAGCAGCAGGUACAAUGCCCGUAACCGCAUCCUCAGCAGCCCAAUGACAGUUAUUUGUGAGGGAGAGGGUGAACUGGCAGAGUCAAUUCACUCUAAGUCCGCUUCCAGCUUGGGGAAUGCGAACGGAAUGUCCACAGGCAGGCUUCAAAGCAGCCAAAACUUAGUACAUACUUUACCAUUGCAAGAAGAGACUUCCAGUCCUAGUUCCCAAACAGACUGCUCAAAGAAAUCUGAGAAAGUGUGUCCCUCUGAGAACUGCAAUGGCACUUUAUUGUAGGAACAAAGCAGUUAAGGGCUGGGGGACCCUUGAACGGACAUUUCUGUGAUAAUCGUGGUAGGCAGGAGACUUCGAAGAGAAGCAACCCUGCUUAGUGCCGGGACUCUCCCUCACAAGACAAAUAGGGUGCUUUGGAGUGUUGAAGCUCUGGGAGAAAAAUAACUGUAAACUGAAAGCAGAGCCUGUGAAAUGAACAUUUCUUUUCUUUUUUUGUAGGUUAAGGAUUGAAAAUAAAUAAUGACUGCAAUGUUUCUGUUUAUUUUCAUCGGUUAUUUUGCAGGAAAUGACAGAAGUAGAUAGAAAGCUAGGCUGUAACUGAGCAGUAGGUGGUAAAAGGUGUAGGUUUUCAGGUAGUUUCUGCUGGGUUGAGCUGACAUGAGUGGUGCUACAGUUUAAAGAAAGUAGCUGGGCUGGAACUAAAGGCAAGUAGUUUCUUCUACAAUUUUGACAAAAGGAAAACAUUGAAUUACUUUAUGUGAGAAUGCACAAAGUGAAGGUAACAAGAUUGUUUGCACCAGCCUUAUUUAAUUUUUUUUAAAGAAAAUAUUGGUUCCGAAUAACACUCCACCAUGGAAAAUGUGGUGUAUUUUUAUAGCACAUAAAUCUUUUGAUAACAAUGAAUAUGGCUCAUCAACACAGCCCUCAAGUUCAGUCUCACAUCUUUUUGUAGCAAUAUCUAAAAUGGAAAGGGUUAAAACAUUGUUUUAAAAAAAAAAAAGACAGCUUGCCGAAACAGCAUGAGGUGUUUUUAUAAAAACAAGAUGGCACUGCCAGAGUGAAAGUACAUUGUAGGUUUUGAAAACCUUUAUAGAUAUAUUUUAGUUUGUAGAUUUUGCACUACAAUUACUUUUAUUGUUUUGGAAGAACUUACUAUUUGAGAUACAGGAUGACAAAACAUAACUGACCACCCUGAUAUACUUGCUAACAUUUGGUUACCAAAGAUUACAUUUUUUUCAAAGUUCACAAUUAGUUAAAGGAGUCUAACCUAUUUUAUGUUAACAGUUUUUCUUUUGGCAAACCUUUUGAAAACAGCAAAAACUGACUUGUGUGCUCAUUUGGUAUUGUUUUUACUUUUUACGACUGACACAAUUUAACUUUCCUGUGCAGUUUUAUAUUGUUUGUAAAUAUAUAGAAACUGUAAAAGUACCUUUUGACUUCUUUAUACUUUACAGAAUGUAUACAUUUUUAGAACCUUUUUGAAAGAAAACCCCUUUGUAGACUAUUUAUUUUAGUACAGUGAAAACUGAUUGUGACUUUUUCAUUUGCGGUCGAACGUGUUGGUGUUCAGUAGUAUUGUAAAUUCAGAGGCCUUUACGAGAGCACCAAAUGCUGUGAUUACAUGCUUCAAAUAAAGCAAGGCUGCUGAA